GCAAAAAAAAUUAUUAUUCUCUUCGAAUUUAUAUUUGUUUCGUAUUUUGACUUUCUAAACUGCUAAAUAUUAUUUUUUCAAUCUUUAGGACAAAUAAAUGAUAUCCAUCAUUCACAAAGAUGGGUAACAAUGCUUCACAACUUGAAAAAGAUAUUGGCUAUGAUCAAUUUCCGGCUAAUGAACAUUAUUUUGGUUUGGUUAAUUUUGGCAAUACUUGUUAUUGUAAUUCGGUACUACAAGCCCUAUACUUUUGUAAACCAUUUCGAGAUAAAGUUCUGGAAUAUAAAAACAAGAAUAAACGAAAUAAUCGUGAAACAUUGUUAACAUGUUUGGCCGAUUUAUUUUAUUCGAUAGCUACACAAAAGAAAAAAACUGGCACAAUACCGCCGAAAAAAUUCAUUACAAGAUUACGUAAAGAAAAUGAAGUGUUUGAUAAUUAUAUGCAGCAAGAUGCCCAUGAGUUUCUUAAUUACCUUCUUAAUACAAUUGCCGAUUUGUUGAGCGCAGAAAAAGCAUCGGAACACCAGCUUAAUGGGUUGGAUGUUGAAAACAAAAAUGCCCAGAAUCAGAAAACAUGGGUUCAUGACAUCUUUCAAGGUACGUUAACCAAUGAAACCAGAUGUCUCAACUGUGAAUCAUUAUCAUCAAAAGAUGAAGAUUUUCUCGAUCUUAGUGUUGAUGUUGAUCAAAACACAUCGAUAACUCAAUGUUUGCGUGUGUUCUCCAAUACCGAAACUCUUAGUUCCGAACAUAAAUAUUAUUGUGAAAAUUGUUGUUCCAAACAAGAAGCACAGAAAAGAAUGCGCAUCAAAAAAUUACCAAUGAUAUUAGCAUUACAUUUGAAACGUUUCAAAUAUACUGAAAGCCAAAAUCGUCAUACAAAAUUAUCGUAUCGUGUAGUCUUUCCGUUGGAACUUCGGCUAUUCAACAAAUCUAAUAAUGAUGAUAGCAGUGAUCGAUUAUACGAUCUAGUUGCCGUCGUUAUUCAUUGUGGUACUGGACCGAAUCGUGGCCAUUAUAUCAGUAUUGUAAAAUCCUUUGGAUUUUGGCUACUUUUUGAUGAUGAUAUUGUCGACAAAAUUGAUCCAUCAACUAUUGAAGAUUUUUUUGGACUAACCAGUGAUACGCAAAAGAACAGUGAAUCCGGUUAUAUUCUUUUCUAUCAGAGCAGAGAUUUUUGAUCUUUAUAAUUAGUUUCCAAAUGUUUUUUUUUUUUUUUGGAAUGAAAA